CACAUAGAGAUAUAGACUCACAACUCUCUUUCUCUCAACAUUUUCUUUCUGCAAAGUGAAGCAAUUAGCAAAAGAAUGGGUGCACUUGAUUACCUCUCCAACUUUUGUACAGUUACAAGCACCAGCACCAGAAGCAGAAGAAAACCCAUGCAGACAGUUGAAAUCAAAGUCAAAAUGGACUGUGAUGGAUGUGAAAGAAGAGUCAAGAAUUCAGUUAAGCACAUUAAAGGUGUAAAGACAGUGGAGGUUAUCCGAAAGCAAAGCCGGGUAAUAGUUAGCGGAUAUGUGGAUCCAAACCACGUGUUAAAAAGAGUAAAAAGUACAGGCAAAAGAGCCGAAUUCUGGCCAUACAUACCUUACAACUUGGUCAGUUAUCCUUAUGUUACUCAAGCAUAUGACAAAAGAGCUCCUGCUGGAUAUGUCAAGAAUGUUGCUCAGGCCGUCGCAGCCCCGAAUACUACUGAUGAGCGGAUGACAUAUCUCUUUAGCGACGAUAACCCUAAUGCUUGUUCGAUCAUGUGACAUACUAUAUUUAGUAACUUAUGUUGGAUGUCUUUUUACUUGAUUGUUUGCGGUUAUGAGAUAUGUUACUGUGAUGUGAAGAAUUAUACUUUUAGAUAUAGUUUGUCAUGUCUAGUAAUCAAUAUACAGUUUUCGGGCACGCGCUGAAAUUAUCAAUAAUACGAUGGUUGUAUGUAUUUGGUACAUCAUUUAACGUAUGA